AUGCGUGAAUAUAAAAUAGUGGUGUUGGGCAGUGGAGGUGUAGGCAAGUCCGCCCUCACUGUCCAGUUCGUGCAAGGAAUCUUCGUGGAGAAGUACGAUCCAACGAUCGAGGACAGCUACCGCAAACAGGUCGAGGUCGACGGUCAACAAUGUAUGUUAGAAAUCCUAGACACAGCCGGAACGGAGUUAAUGAUCUUCUUACCCUCCUUCCCAUCUUCAAAAAAAAAAAAAAAAAGAAAAAGAAAAAAAAAUGAAACCACUUGUUUGAAGUUGCAAUUUAGGGACGAUAACGCUUGGUCUGUUCUGAGACAAAGGGGCCAUAAAUUAACAGAGCACUCUUCUUUCCGCAGGAACAAUUCACAGCCAUGA